AUGGACAAAACCAGGGAACACAUAAUCCAAUGUAAGGGGCGUGUAAUUGCGCUUUGCGAUAGCGACGCAUUCUAUGCUUCGUGCGAGCGAGUCAGGCUCAACGUAGAUCCUGAACAACCUCUAGUAGUCCAGCAGUGGACAAACCUCAUUGCUGUCAAUUAUCCCGCGCGCAAAUUCGGGAUCACUCGCCACGAAUCGAUCAUAGAGGCAAGAAAGAAAUGCCCGGACCUAAUGGCUGUUCACGUUGCGACUUACAAAGAGGGCGAUAGCGAACCACAGUAUUGGGAAGAUCCGAGCCCCACCACACACAAGGUUUCUCUAGAUCAUUAUCGUCGUGAAAGCUCUCGAGUAUUUCAGUUAUUCCAAGAUAUGAUGCCAGCCGGAGGAGAAAUAGAAAAAGCCUCCAUUGACGAAGUCUUUAUCGAUUAUACCAUACCGGUUCGAGUGCUCAUGGUCGAACGAUAUCCGGAACUUCGUGUCCCAGAUGGGCCAUUCGACUUGGAUACGCCACUUCCCUCACCUCCGACUCGGAUUGACUGGGCCAGAUUGGAUACCCAUGUUAUUCCAGUCACUAAAGAACUAUCCGCAGACAAAGCCGAAGUACCUCGACCAAGAACGCCAUCCAUUACUCUUGAGCCUACUCCGGAUAUAAUUGAUAACGUACUUUCAUCCGGGUCAUUAACUCACUCCAGCCUCGAUCCUCUAUCCACGGAGCUACCGGAAGUAGGAAGCGAUGCUCCUCUCACCUGGCACGACGUGGCCCUAUCGAUCGCAGCUGAACUUAUGAGGGAUAUUCGGCAAGUAAUAUUUGAGAAGUUAGGAUACACACUCUCCGCAGGAAUUGCAAGGAACAAAAUGCUUGCGAAGCUAUCAGCAUCAUACCGCAAGCCGAUGGCACAAAGCGUUUUACGCAACUCAGCCAUACCUAGCUAUCUAGGGCCUAUGCCCUUUCAAAAAAUUCGAUUUCUUGGAGGAAAAUUAGGUGACGCCAUGGCUACCCAGUUUGGAGCCACGACCGUUUCGGAGCUAAGAGAAAUCGAACUGGAGGAUAUGCAGCGAAGGUGUGGCGAAGAGUCUAUUUGGGUUUGGAAUGUUCUACGUGGGAUAGACUAUAUCAAAGAACGGACUGCUCUCAAGUCAAUGAUGGCCUCCAAGAAUGUUCGCCCAGCAAUAACAACAGCUGAACAAGCACGUCACUGGCUGGCUGUUCUUUCGGCCGAACUCACUGUCCGUCUAACUGAUGCAAGGAAAUAUCAUAUUGCAGGCACCAAUGCUCCACGAUCCAAACAAGUUGCAUUUCCAUUCACACGAAGCUUCACUACAGCAACUAUUCUAGCCCCCGCGGAGAAACUGUGGCGUAUGCUGCUCCCAGGCACAGGUGAUCUCAGUGUAGGUGUGAUCAACGUUGCGCUCGGUUUCGCAGGUUUGGAUGCGUUGGAAGUUGGUCAGAAGGGCAUCGAAGGGUUCUUUAGUGCCAAAGGACCGAAUUCAUCGGCGAAGAAGACCUCAUUUUCUAUCAAUAAACCUACAACAACGAAACCCGAGAGCCUGGCGUCGGAUAACAAAGCCCGAAGAACAGCAUCACCUGGACCAAAAGACGGCAGGCAUCAAGGGAGAGAACAGCUGGGGAAGCUCAAGCGAGAUUUCUUUAAUGGAGUUGGAUCGAACAAACGUAAGGUUGAAGUCCAUGAGGUACUAGAUGACAGUAGCUCGGAUAUUGUUGAAAUAUCUCCCCCACCGGCUGCAAAGCGCGUGAAUUCUGGGUCUGGCGGAGAGUCUGGCACAAGAAAUUCGACACCCACACCCUUUUCGAGAAACGAUAAACGCGGACCAAGCUCCAAUAACAAGGACAAGGCGAAGAGCAAGAAAGCCGACAAGGCUAUAUCUAAUGGGACAGCGAAUAUUUCCACUUUCUUUGCACCUCGCUCAGAAGGAAUAAACGCAAAGGUUAAGAGAAAGAAGUGA